AGAAAGUUUCGCAUUGAUUUGUUAGGUGGAAGCUCGGUUAGCGACACUUUUGGGUUGAUAUCAGCGAGCUUGCGUUCCGGCGCAAUUUGUAGGAACUUAACGUUUUGUGGAGCUAAAAGACACUUCACUGGAGCAGUGACAAGCUUGAGAAACAUAAUAAUUUUGGCAAACAUGGUUCAACUGCGAAUUUUUAUCCCGUAUGUUCUCGUCAUCGUUUUAAGCUUGACAGCCGUGUUCGCCCAGACAACUGCACCAGCUAAAGCAAACUGCGAGACGAAGAGCAACACGAGCUGCGAGGCGUGUCUGAAGGAUGUGUCGUGUCUGUGGUGCCGGACGACCAAGAAAUGCAUCAACUACCCCGUGAAGACCAUCCUGCCCCCCCACAGCCUGUGCCCGCUGAACGAGGCUCGAUGGGGGCUGUGCUGGGUGAACUUCCAGGCUUUGAUCAUUGCUAUGUCAGUGAUCGCCGGGGUGAUCAUCAUCGCCAUCCUCAUCUGCUGCUUCUGCUGCUGCAAGUGUGAGAAUGUCGGGUCACAGAGGGCCGAAGCCAAGAUGGACAAACAGGCUGACAAGAGGAAGGGUCGCCAGGAAGAGAGGAAAACUGAGAUGAAAAUGAGACACGAGGAAAUCAGGAAGAAAUAUGGGCUGUCGGGGGCAAACCCUUACUCCAAGUUCGAGAACAAUUAAGCAGGUCUCCCACCCGGAUUCCAAACACUCCUCUGCCUUCACACCGAAUAGGAAGAACAUCCAUCUCUGACACUCCACUGACCUUCAGAGCCACUCCACUGACCUUCAGAGCCUCUCUUCUGACCUUCAGAGCCUCUCCUCUGACCUUCAGAGCCCCUCCUCUGACCUUCAGAGCCUCUCCUGACCUUCAGAGCCUCUCCUCUGAAACUGCACACAUUGCAGGGCGACCACCAGUUCACCUGGGCAUCGAGUGAUGUGUAUCAAUGGGGCCCGUCGCAGGUUUAGAAGCUAAACCCCCUGACAGGAGCUUACAUGUACCCAUUCCAAUGAUUUGUGUGUAAGAUCGUAUUUUAUUUUACCAUGAAAGGUUACUUCUUUUUCCUCUUUAUUUUUUUAAAACUGACAAAUGAAAGUAAAUGUGUUGUGAAAUGAAACUGAAAUGAUUGUAUAGAAGAGGAAUGGGGAAGGCCAGAAACGUAAAUGUGUGUUGUUCUGGAGCAGAGGUCAGAUGUCAAGAUCUACUUCUCUAACCCUGUGUUUACUUUGUGAAGUAACAAAUGAUUAAUGCAGUUCGUUUCUUUUUUCUUUUAUUUUUUGUAGACCAAAGACAUUGCUCACUCAGAACUGUGUCACUGUCUUAACACUGUGGUUAAAACACUGUCGAUUUGGUCAUUCUUUUACUAAAAUAAAAUAUAAUUUGACCGAAAUAGUUCCAUUCCUGCUGGCCUGGUCUCCAUUAAUUUGCUCAAAUUUACUUAAACUUCAAAUAAUUUGCAGUAGUUUGAGUGCAACAUUACUGUAGUGCUGCCCUCACAAAUGUGAGUGCAAUCGCUCGUCUUUGUCGUGUUUUAGCUGAAUGACUGUAUGUACAUAGGGGGAAUACGUUUAUCUCUCUACCUUGAACUCCAAAGGUUUUGUAAAACUCGCUGGUAAAUUUCUUGGGCACUGUUGAACUUUCAAGAUUUACUUGAGCCUUUUCACUCCUUGUAACUUAACUAGUACAGUGUAUGCUUUUAUUAUUUGUAUAUGCUACCCCUGACAAACUGUACAGGAAAAGUCAUCACCGUGUUUGGGUAUGCCGCAUGAAUGUGUAUGAGGAGAGCUGUGGACCAGGUGAAAGUCAUGCAAUGGAAUGUUUUUGUGUUUUGGUGCCCCCUUCCAAGUUGGUGUUUAAAACAACCCUUUUGGAAAGUAGUUGUAAACUCACCAGGAUUAAAAAAAAAAAAAAAUUUUAAACCCUGACCAUCGUUUUUGGCUUCAGCUCUGUAUCUCAGGGUUUUAUUCCCAGACCUUUGCAUGAUGGGGAAUUUGGCACGUCCCAGUAUGUGCAUGUGCAUGUAUUUGUGCGUGCACAUGCAUGCAUGUGCCCAGUUUUUGUGCAUACGUGUGCAUUUGCAUGCACUUGUAGGCAUUUACAUAUGUAUGUGUCCUAGUGGAGAGCCUUACAUUGCUAUACUUAGGAAUUGGAAAGAGACCGUACUGUUGAAACCAAAUCGUCAGAUAUGAAAUUCUGUGAAAUGCUUCUGUGAUUAUUGUUUUGUUCACCUGGUAUGUUUUUUCUGAAGGUGUGUUCUAAUGGGUGGAAUUCAGUCAUGCGAUAUGAUAAUUCCCUUGCAACAUUCUGCCUUAAAUUUCUUCUUUCAUAAAAAGCGACAGGUUUUCUUACAAUUACCUGUCCAGUAGUAGAUUAACAUGUAUUUUGUAUAAAGCAAGAUUGCAGGGGUUUUUUUUUCUUUGUAACAUUCUUGACAUAAGAGUGAUUUAGUUCCCUGAAAUGGAAAUCAUAAAUGUUAAAUAUUUCUAGUGUGCGGGGAAAAUCAUUCUCAUUAAAACAAAAAUCAACUGAGAA